GCUUGUUCACGGUGAAAAACGACGAAGAAGAAUUCAGGGAGGUGUCGUCAGUGCACCCGAAGAAGAACCAAACUGUGGAGGAAUCAUGGCUUCCCCUGCUGGUUGUGAACAUUAUGUACGCAGCUGCUUAUUAAAAGUGAGUUAACUUUGUGUUUAUAUGUUAUUAUUAUUCACCCCACUCGCUAAAAGAGGUUUGUUUUAUUUUGUGUGACUGACGAUAACCUUUCCUUUAAGACAAAUGCGGUGUUUGUUGAACUAGAAUUACUCACACUCGUUUUUGGAAACUAAAUAGCACAUGAUCAUGAAAUAUUAGUUUUCCCAACACAUCUAUUCGAUUAGCUGAAUGGCAUUUGACACCUUACCGUGACUUUUGUGGAGUGGUUUUAAGCAGCUAUGCACACUCAUGUGUUGAUGCCAGCCUUUGGUUCUAGAGGAACUUGAGAUCAGAAGGGACCCGGUCCACAUGUCCACAUGUCCACCCUGUGUUCUGCUCUCAGGCUCCCUGCUGUGGAAAACUGUAUGUGUGCCGGCUGUGCCAUGAUGCAGAGGAGAACCACCAGAUGGACCGAUUCAAAGUGGAAGAGGUUCAGUGUUCAGAGUGUCACACACUGCAGCAGGUGAGAAAAGAACUCUAACCAGAUAGUUUGGAGAUCAUGAACAUCUCUGUCUAAAACCUGUUGUGAUGGGCUUAUAUAAGGAGCUGCAGGAAUGUAACAUGUCACUCUUCUUGUCUUUUAGGCACAGCAAACUUGCCAGCAGUGUAAUGUGCAGUUUGGGGAGUAUUACUGCGAUAUUUGCCACUUAUUUGACAAGGAUAAGAAACAAUACCACUGUCAGCCCUGUGGGAUAUGCAGGUGAGCAGGAGUUGAUUUAAUCUCUUCAGGACAUUUCUGACACCGUGGGUUUCUGUUUUUAUUGCUAUAUCCUCAGUAGGGCUGGGUGAUAAAACGAUAAUGAUAUAUAUCGAAAAUGUAUUUAUUUAACAGCAUUCUUCCAUGUUUUGGUAGACUAUACGAAUAGUCAAUGAAAAGGGGAGUUGCUGCAGGUCCGCUUCGCACUGAACCAAUCAUGUGCUGAAUUAGAACCAAGUAGCAAACAACUGCAUAGUAGCAGGCUGCAGCUACACGCAACCAUAGCACUUUAACACGUGAAGCAGACAGCACUGUCGGUGAGAAAGAAAGAAAAUGAGUGCUACCCCUGACAGAAAUGCAGACAAGUCUACUCCUUAAAGUCUAAAUGCAUUGUCAGUGCUUUACCUGUGUUUGCUAAUGUUGCAAACAAAAAAGAAAGUGACAGUUAUCAGAAUCAGUUAUCAGUGCAGAAUAUAGAAAAAAGUUUACUUCUGUCAAUAUGAAUGACGCUUGAUUACACCAAAGCUUCAGUGUUAGUAUGACAGUCUCUUACAUUAAUCUACGAGUGAUACUGUGUUGUUCUACCUUCAACAGGAUCGGGCCCAGGGAGAAGUAUUUCCAUUGUGAGAAGUGCAAUCUGUGUUUAGCUCAGAAUCUGCGAGGAAACCACAAGGUGAUUUUCGUCCUUUCACUGUGUCUCACUCACACCCAGCUCAAAUAUUUUGUUUCAGAAGUAAAACAUCUUUUUUAUGUUUCAGUGUGUUGAAAAUGUAUCAAGGCAGAACUGUCCCGUGUGUAUGGAGGUAAUGGAAUAAUAAUUAUAUUAGUGGAUAUUUGCUAAAGUGACGUUACCUUUGCUUUAUUGUCACCUUUUCCUUUCUCAAAGUUUUAUAUCAUUUACUUUUCCAUGUACAGGACAUCCAUACAUCCAGAAUUAUGGCUCAUGUCCUUCCAUGUGGCCAUCUCUUGCACAAGUAAGACCAAUUAUUCUGAAACAUUCUGAGUUGAAAUGUGCAUAUUUUGCUGUCUGAUAUUUCUUACAUUUGGUUUGCUCACCGGGGAAACGAAACAUGAAUGUAUUGUAGCCUUGGGAGCACAUUUACUCCUCUAUACACUAUUUGCAUUAGCUGUAGAAAUAUUACAUUCUUUAAAUAGAGUGGAUUAAAACAUUGUGUCUGUUUGCAGUGAUGUCGACUUUGAAUCCAAUAUUUAUUAUUAUGAUAUGUGCUGCUGAUGUCUUGAUCUCAAUCUCAAUGGGUUCUUAUUUGGUAAAAUGAAGGUUAAAUUAAAAAAAAGAAAUCUUUACAGCUAUCGAUCAUAGUCAAAUAACUUCUGUGGUGUGUUGUAGUUUAUAUAGUAAUCAUGGUUUGAGCUCCAUUAUUACAUGAAGCUAACAAUCUGUUUGUCUCCAUCAUCUGCAGGACCUGCUUUGAUGACAUGGUCAGAAAGGGGUAUGUUUCUUAAGUUCUCUUUGAAUUUGUUAAAUUUUUCUAUCUUUGAAUUCGUUAAAUUGAGGUCGGAGUUCACAACAGUAAGGCCUGACUUCCUCUGAUGUGUAAAACCAGCUUCAUAAACCCCCAGUCACAAGAUUUUAGAGCAGAUCUGACCGUACAGACCAGACCUCCUCUGUGGGAUUCAUGUAGAAGGCAAGGCGAAAAAAUGUUCGGACCUGGCUUUCUUAAAAUUGUCCAAAGCCUGUCAGGGCUUAAAUAGUCGAGUCAUUCUAUAAUUAGGGGCCAUGGACUGUAUUUAUCAAUUUUACCAAAUAUUAACUCAAACCAAUGAUCAAUUUUAUAUCAGGGAACAUUUCGCUUUUAUUUAAUACAAAAAGUUUAAUAGAUAUUUUUUUUUUUUUUGCAUAAAUGCAUGUAAUAUACUGGGAUUUGUUGGUUUUAUGCGGUCAGAUUUUCUCAAUGUUAGGUUUAGCUUCUCAGAUUAACAUUAAAUUAAAUAUUUUUGGGCAAAAUUUUUGUAAAUAUUUGUUCAAAGUGUUUACUAAAUCAUGAGAAAUGUGUGCAUGACGAAAGUUUGACAUAUAGCAUAAAGAAGUUUUGGCUGAUUAAAGAAGAGAUCAGAUUAAUUACAUCCAAAGUGAAACCAGAACCAAGACACGUAUCUGACUGAGGUUUUUUCCACUAAAUGUUAUUGUUCUUGAUUUGUUCCAGGGCAUAUCGCUGCCCUCUGUGUAUGCACUCUGCAUGGAACAUGGAGGACCACUGGGAUCAGAUAGAUAAAGAGAUUUCCCAGUCCCCGAUGCCCACUGAGUACCAGGGUACUACAGUCAAAGUAAGAACUCAGUAAAUACAAAUGUAAUGGAUGAAGUGAAGAUUUAGUUGAAGUUGUGUUUAUAUUCAUGUUGUUUUUCCUCUCUGUAGAUUAUAUGUAAUGAUUGCCAAACCCACUGCACGGUGCCUUUCCAUGUGCUGGGGAUGAAGUGUAGUGGAUGCGGCUCGUACAACACGGCCCAGGACGGGGGUCUCAUUCAGCAGCCUCAGCAGGAGCAGCCGGAGCAGCAAGACACCGAGAACGAGGCGGAAACAGACACAGAGCCAGAGCAGCUAGAGCAACCAGAGCCAGCCACACCACAUUAGAUUUACAGCCGGUCUCAGUGCAUGAUAUUUUUACAUGAAACAUUCGUCAGGGGAGCUUUCAUACAAUAGGUCGCGUUGAGUUUGAGAAUAGCAGUACUUAAUUUCCUCAACUGUACACUCAAUAAAAACUCUAUUUAUUUCCUGUAGCUGCUGAUCCUGUUCAGAUCUGAAGCUCGUUUCAGUUUUCAGCGGGGGAGGUGAAGAACACUACUCCGAAAGUCUUUUAGAUGUCCACACAUCUACACUAAGAGUACUUUUAAUCUGCUAGAUGGGUGGCAGUCCAACAACUGUACAGCAUCAUAACAAAAAAUAAGUGGAUUUGAAGGAGCCGGUGAAGAUUGUAGAGAAUCAGAGUGAUUGUUUUCUGUUAAGUUCAGAGUCAUAGAUCCCAUAACAAUUCUUUUUCUGCAGAGGACUUUGUUGUCGCUUGUCAAAUAUUCAGAACUGUAUCUGCACCAGAUUAAAAUAUGUGUCAGGUACAAAUAAAAAUGUCUUUUUAGCAUAUUUACAGAACAGUCUAUCUGGUACUACGCUGGGACACAAGGCUGUAGUUUAUAAUCAUGUACUUAUUGUGUCUUAAUUCAGUUUGGGUACCUUUACAAUGAAAUAAUACAACUCCAAAUAAAAAAUAAGGAAAUUUACAACAAAAAAGAC